AUGGUAANGGAAUAUGAGCAGGUUGGAAAGGAUAAGGAAUAUGAGCAGGUUGGAAAGGAAAAGGAAUAUGAGCAGUUUGGAAAGGAUAAGGAAUAUGAGCAGGUUGGAAAGGAUAAGGAAUAUGAGCUAGUUGGAAAGGAUAAGGAAUAUGAGCUAAUCGGAAAGGAAAAGGAAUAUGAGCAGGUUGGAAAGGAAAAGGAAUAUGAGCAGGUCGAAAAGGAAAAGGAAUAUGAGCAGGUCGGAAAGGAUAAGGAAUAUGAGCUAGUUAGAAAGGAUGAGGAAUAUGAGCAGGUUGGAAAAGAUAAGGAAUAUGAGCUAGUUAGAAAGGCUAAGGAAUAUGAGCAGGUUGGAAAGGAUAAGGAAUAUGAGCUAGUUAGAAAGGAUAAGGAAUAUGAGCAGGUUGGAAAGGAUAAGGAAUAUGAGCAGGUUGGAGAGGACAAGGAAUAUGAGCAGGUUGGAAAGGAUAAGGUAUAUGAGCAGGUUGGAAUGGAUAAGGAAUAUGAGCAGGUUGGAAAGGAUAAGGAAUAUGAGCAGGUUGGAAAGGAUAAGGAAUAUGAGAAGGUUGGAAAGGAUAAGGAAUAUGAGCAGGGUCGGUACGGAGUAAGACAAUCAACUACAACUCUAGCAAAGUAUGAGGGUACCUGGGCUAACGGUUUACAGGACGGAUAUGGAUCAGAAACCUACGCAGAUGGAGGAACAUAUCAGGGGCAAUGGCUGAGGGGUAUGCGCCAUGGCUACGGAGUUCGCACAAGUGCCGCGUUCGGUAUUGCAUCCCAUUCACGUGGUGGUGAUGGAAGACGACCGUCCAUAUCCUCCCUACAGCCGGGGAUGGAAGAAACAAAGGUUGUGAUGACGAAUGGCACAAGAGGAAGUGGAGGGGAGGAGGCAAGAGGAGGUUUUGUUCUAAAAUCAAGAAGUGAUGAGGCCCCGGUUCGAAGAAGAUCACUUGUUGAGAGAACAGGGAUGAAGAACUUGAUGCAGGGACUACGGAUUCGGAAACAACGGAGUACUGGAGACCUAGAUAGAAAAGGAGUUAUUGGAAGUAUUAGAUCUACCGGAUCUACGACCUCUUGGAUGUCUAGUGAAUCAAACUAUGCUGGGGCCUCCAUGAUGUCCGAGGGAAGCCAGGCCAGUUUUGUUGUAGAGGAUGAGUUGCUUGAUUCUAAUGUUACCGAAACCUAUAUGGGAGAGUGGAAGAACGACAAAAGAUGCGGAUUUGGGAUCAGUGAAAGAUCAGACGGUCUCAAGUACGAGGGGGAGUGGUUUAACAACCGAAAAUACGGAUACGGAGUCACGACCUUCAAGGAUGGGUCCAGGGAGGAGGGGAAGUACAAGAAUAACAUCCUGAUCACUAGUAAUAAGAAGAAACACCUUUUCCUCAUCCGUUCUGCCAAAUUCCGAGAGAGAAUAGAUUCUGCUGUGAAUGCUGCGCAGAGGGCUUCUAAGAUUGCCCUGCAGAAGGCUGAUAUAGCAAUCUCCAGAACUGCAACUGCACGAGGCAAGUCUGAGCAAGCUGAUUACGCGGCAGAGUGUGCUAGAGACGACUCUACGGAGGCUCGCGCCUGCGCACUCAAGCUGGCUCCUGAUUUUGGGAAACCAGGUCUGCCCUCCCUAGAACUUGAAAAGGACCUGCCUCCUUUACAAUCCAACUCUCAUCCACCCCCACUUACCUUAGACAAGUUAGACCUGCCCGGAGCAGGAAAAGUUGGACCUGGACCUCCAAGUCCUCGUGGAAUAGGUCCUCCAAGUCCACGAGCUAUAGAUUCAGGUCAGCCUAGUCCACGAAGCCAGGGGCUUGCCCAGCCCCCUUUUACAGAAAAAACACUUUCAAACCAUAUUGGUAAUUCGGGCAAUGUGAUCAACAAACCAAGCGUACCAAACACUUCUGUAGACGUAAGAAAUAAUUUUACAGCCUCCCCUGUUAAUCCUACCCCAGCCCCAGCUAAAACAUCGCUUAAUCAACCUCCCCAACCUGUUCAGAAUUCAAUGACAUUGCGUGCACCCCCCUCCAGACCCCAACCACAAAGAUUUAGUCCCCCUCUACCCAGUGAACCCGUUAGACAAAACAUGACCAAUAAGAGUGAUAUAUCUCCUAGAGUGAGUACUAUAUCCGCUCCAAUGCUGGCUGCCCCAACCAUGCGUUUGGAACCGGAAGUUCCAUCAUUCCCUGACCCUUCAGUACUACGCCAGCCAAAUACCCUCCAGAUAUCAGAACAGAUCUCCCGAGGACGAACUCCAACAAGACAGGAAAGAUCCAGAAUGGGAGCACAGAAUGAUAUCGGGGCAUCUCAGGCCGGCGGUGGAUACAAUUUCCAGAAAAUAAUGGACGAUAGGUUUGAACAUUAUAAAAGACCACCCAGUCGGGAAAGAUCUGCUGAUCGGUACGGACUGGGUUCCCGUCAAGGAUCUCGGCAACAAUUGUCUAGAGAUGUGAGUAGGGACAGAAUUAAUAGACCACAGUCUAGACAAAGGACUCCAAUGAACCCGGAGCAGGGUUUAAGUGAAAAUAAAACAAGUUCAGGGUUGGAUUCACUAAAUCUUGACGCCAUUAUUUCCCAUCCAACAGGCAAUGGGGCGGUCGGUGGUGGUUUGUCCGACCUUAAACUCCCGGUCGAAGAUCAACUUCGAUUCCGAGGAGUUCAUCAGGAGAUACCACACUUUGGAGCUCCGCCCAAGAGAACUGAAUCCUUGUAUAUGAAGCCGGUUGAAUCCCAGCAGGCAACAUAUAAGGUGCUGGGAACAUCGGCGAUGCAGCGGAAAAAGUCUUUGCCGGAUGUGGCGGCGUUACCCGCCGUGACUGUAAAGGCGGGUACCCAGGUGAUGACAAGAGAAGAGAUAUCCGUCCUAAGCUCCGCCCGGCGGGAGCAAAUCCGCCGUGAUUUGGAGGAGGCGGAGAAAUACAGAGCGAACCCUAUACUUUAUAUUUUCAAUCCUCAAAUCAGGGAUUGGUUUUCUAGACAACAGCUGAUGUUUGUUGUUGUUGUUGUUAAUAUAACCCUGGCUGUUAUGUUCUUCAAGCUGUUGACCUAAAUAUAUUUUCCUUACGAACCUAUAUAAUUAUACUUUUUCUAAAGAUAUUCAUCUUUUUUAAUCAAAUUUUAUUCAAUAAAUAUGUUCAUUAUUGUUUUAAA